CAUCUGUCCGUGUAGCAAAGCUCCUUCUACACCCCGCAAAAAGAAAAACUUUUUCUUCCGCUCUGUCUUGCGUGCUUUCCCGUCCCCCGGCGCUCUUGGCGCAAACCCUUGGGAGGCAGAGUCCAACCAUGGCGUGUGCGCUGCUGCCUGCAGGUGUGGCCGCGGCCCUACCGUCUCCUCGCCGGAGCGCCGCCGCCCCCAAGGGACAGCCGAACCAAGUCGCGUGCACGAACCAGCUUCACUGUAAGCUGCCUUUAAGUGAGCCCCACAGAUCCUGGAGCCUUGUUGGCUGCUGCACAUGUUCAGGUUCGUCGACAGGAGCAGCUAUGUCAAGGAGAUCUGCAGAUGCUGUAAGUUUUCAUACCGAUGUAUCUCUGAGAAACUCUGUGGAUGCUGUUCUAGGUGCGCAGAUAGUUAUCUCUGGCUACUGGAUUGGCCCCGAUGUGGAAGAUGGUAGUGGUCAUGUUCAGGCCAUUCUGCAAAGAAUUCACUGAUGAUGCGUCAUUGUUAACAAGUCUUUUAGAUGCAGGCAUUGUUUGGUGUUGGUGCCAUUGAGAUUGAUGGUGACGAUGUUGUUACUCCAAAAGGUCGCAAGAUUAUCAUAAAAUGACAAGACGAGCCGGAUCAUGCAACUUGUGCUUUGCUUGCUGGCUGGCGAGUGAACUGGCGUUGAAAUUGAUGCCAAUUACUCCUUGUUUAUGUGUUUCCGCCAACUGUGGACUUUUUUUUUGCAGAAAGUAGGGAGAUUUCAUAACUCAAGGUGGCUUUUCAGUCGUACACAAAUUUACAACUUCGUCUGUGCCCGUACCAAACCAAAUGACAGUAUGGGGUAUACUACGCCCAUAGGCUAUGAGGCUAUGACUAACUUUAUUUUGAGUGCACCUAAUAUGCGUAAUAAAAAUCUUCCGUGGGUCCUCUAACAUCUGGAUGUCUCGCACAAGUGUUCUGUAUCUGGAGCGGUCCUCAUGACUCGCGUUUAACAUUGAGGCUGCCCGAGCACAGUCCAACUCAAUGGCAAUGGGUAAGAUAGUGCGGUGAAGAGCAAGAUCAAGGCCUUCCUUACACGCCAUAAGCUCUGCCUCUAGUCCAUCAUCGCAUGUG